AUGAGGGCAAUUUUCGAGCACUAUUGCGGUACGCAGCUGAAUCUGGGGAUAAAGAUCUUUCUGAUCACUUCUCAGAAGAAUGCCCUUUACACGAGCCCACAAAUCCAAAAUGAAAUAAUUGACAUUGGUGGUGAAAUUAUUCAACAUAAGAUUAUCAAUGAAGUAAAGGAAGCUAAUUUUUUUGCUAUUCUCGCUGACGAGACGACUGACAUUGCGCGUAUGGAGCAAGUCUCGUCGUGCUUACGAUAUGUUGAUUUAAAAGAUGCUAAACAACAUAAAGUUAAGGAAAUGUUCUUAGAGUAUAUUCCAACUGUUGACGUGACAGGAUCCGGCCUAGCAAAUCUCAUAAUUACAGCUCUGAAAAAAUAUGAACUUGAAUGUUCUCAUGUGUUUGGUCAAGGUUACGAUGGGGCUGCAACUAUGAGUCGGUAUUUGCACAGUGCCCAAGCAUAUAUUCGUCAAGACUGUCCCCUUGCUCUUUAUGUACAUUGUAGUGCACACUCUGUCAACCUCGCUAUUUGA